AAAAAAAAAAAAAAAAUGAAAAAAAAAAAAAAAAGCAAAAAAAAAAAACCCAUACAAAUACAGCACGAUGCAGACAAUGGAUGGGUCAUACGUAUUGAACACAUAUACUCGUACAUAUGUUCGGUACCACAGAAGAGAAGUACUUCUGUGGCGGGACGGCUCGAGUCUCAAGGCAGGCAGCGAUUGGAUAAAAGCGAUGCACAUCAGGACACAAUUCAGACUUUCGCUCAAUCACCCAGGCAACACCAAUACACUUCGGAGAAUCCUUACACAUUAUACGAUGGCGAAUACAUAUACAUACGUAGAACAUUUAUCGAGGGAUGGAUCGAUGGAAAACCUAACCGAAAAGAAACACGAAAGUUGUUCAGCUAUGGAUGGAACAAAGGAUACACGAAUCAUACGACACAAGGCAUCUGAGG